AUAGAUAAAUUAUUUGUAUGACAGAGGGCUUCAGGCAGAAAUCUGACAGAGCUUAGCAGCUUCUCAUCUCCUCCUGUUUCUGAUGAUGAAAACCCUUGAAGAUGAACUCUGCUUUCCACAACUUAUCAACUCCUCCUGCAAGAAGAACGUGCAUCCUUACUCUGUAUCCAUGGUCACUUACAUUAUACUGUUCUCCAUCUCUCUGCUCACUGUGAUUCUCAACCUGCUGGUCAUCAUCUCCAUCUCACACUACAAGCAGCUCCACAGCCCCACCAACCUCCUCCUCCUUUCUCUGGCUGUCUCAGAUUUCUUCGUGGGUUUCCUCAUGUUCUUCCACAUUGUCCUCAUAGAUGGCUGCUGGUUCCUCGGCGACCUCGUGUGUAUUCUGUAUUAUGUUUUUUACUAUAUUAUUACCUCUGCCUCAAUAGGAACCAUGGUGCUUAUAUCGGUUGAUCGCUAUGUGGCUAUUUGUGACCCUCUACAUUACUCCAGCAAAGUCACUCAUAAAAGAGUUAAGAUCUGUAAUUUUCUGUGUUGGAUGGGUUCUGCUCUCUUUCACAGUGUGCUGCUGAAGGAUAACCUGGAACAACCAGGCAGGUAUAAUUCCUGCUAUGGAGAGUGUGUGGUGGUUAUUCAUUAUAUUUCGGGACUUGCAGAUCUUUUUGUGUCCUUUAUUGGUCCUGUCACUGUCCUCAUAGUUCUGUACAUGAGAGUGUUAGUGGUGGCUGUGUCUCAGGCUCGUGCCAUGCGGUCUCAUAUUGCAGCUGUCACUCUCCAGGGUUCAGUGAAAGCAACUGCUAAAAAAUCUGAGAUAAAAGCAGCUGGGACUCUCGGUGUUGUUAUUGUCGUGUUUCUAAUAUGUACCUGCCCGUUUUUUUGUGUUGCCCUUACAGGCCAGGACACAUUCCUUAGUGUUUCAUCUGCUGCCAUUGUACUAUUUCUGUUCUAUUUAAAUUCCUUUCUAAACCCUAUGAUCUAUGCUUUUUUCUACCCAUGGUUCAGAAAAUCUAUUAAACUCAUUGUUACACUUAAGAUACUACAGGCUGACUCCUGUGAAACCAACAUACUGUAGAAAAAGUGUGACAAAUAAAGAAAUGCUGUUGCCAUUUUUGAGGCCAACAUACUAUAUAGCAAUUUUGUUAGGUAACUGAAAUGUGACAUUUUCUAUGAAGAGAAAUAAUUUCUUCAUGUGGUUGAGUUAGUGAAAUACAAAAUGUAUGUGUAUAUGUGAGAAAACUAAAAAAAGAUACCUUUCAUGUUUUGAUUCGGUCUCCGUGAGCCUGUUCAUUGUCAGAUUUCCAUAAUUUCUAUCCCUCCGUUGUUUAUUUUCACCAGUGAAAUAUACGUCAAUAUUAUGUGCAUUGGAGUGAUACUUACUAGCACCAUUAAUGUGACGCUGCUUCAUCUAAGCUGUAAAUUAAACUUUACAUGUGUAUUUUUUUCCAAAACAAUGACAGACACUAUCAGUUAGUCUUUUCUGUCUGAAAAAAAUGUAAACAGUGUAGCUACUAAUAGCACUGGUUAGUCAUACUGUAAAUGAAUA